AUGUUGAUAACGACGGAUUCCUCAAACACCUAUACCGUGCCCGGCGGACCUCGCCUGACCGCACUCCCGGUAAAGACCACGUCUCUCAUGGAUGAGCGCGAUUACCAAGAUACCAAAAAGGAAGCCAUACGCAGGGCCCGUGAAAUCCUGGAAGAAUGUGAAAUCACCCAGGAGGCCGAUAUUGAACUAGUGGAAAGAAAAGAUGACUCUGCCUAG